AUCGCGGUUCUUACAGUCUGAUGAGAGCGUGCAAACAUGGCCGCCUUUAGCAAGUCUAUCCCGCACAACUGCUACGAAAUAGGGCAUACAUGGAGCCCAUCGUGUACGCUUUCAACACUCCAGGUGACAGCCGGAGCUCUGGAGGUGUCCUUUAAAAUAUAUGCACCCUUAUAUCUCAUUGCAGCCAUUUUGAGAAGGCGGAAGAAGGAUUACUACUUGAAGCAGCUGUUACCUGAGAUUCUGCAGUCAACUUCAUUUCUGACUGCAAACGGAGGACUUUACAUUGCUUUCUUCUGCAUUUUGAGGAGACUUCUGGGCAGGUUUUACUCCUGGUCUUCGGGUUUCGGAGCCGCGCUCCCUGCCUCGUACCUGGCCAUCCUGAUCGAGCGAAAAAGCAGGAGAGGACUGCUAACGAUAUACAUGGCCAACUUGGCGACAGAGACGAUAUUCCGAAUGGGAGUCACGAGAGGAGUCAUUAACCCCAUCAAACACGGCGAGGUGCUGUUGUUCUGCGUGACAGCUUCCCUAUACAUGUUCUUCUUCAGGUGUAAAGAUGGACUUCAGGGAUUUGCAUUCUCAGCACUGAAGUUCAUCGUGGGGAAGGAAGAAAUUCCAACGCAUUCCUUCCUGGCAGAGCAGGUGUACUGCAGGGGUCCAGAGAGGAGCGCUGUCGAGCCCGAGCAGCCACAGACCGGACCGGGCUCUAACAGAACUUCAAUCACUGCGCUAACACGGAAGUUGCUGGAAUCUGUAUGCCAGCGCGGGCCCAGGCAUCGGUGCUGCAAACACUACCAGGACAACUGCAUCUCUUACUGCGUGAAAGGCUUCAUUCGGAUGUUCAGCGUAGGCUACCUCAUCCAGUGUUGUCUGAAGAUUCCCUCAACAUUCCGGCACAUCUUCACCAAACCCUCCCGCCUGCUUUCUCUUCUAUACAAUAAGGAGAACUUCCAGCUGGGGGCUUUCCUCGGCUCCUUUGUCAGUAUAUACAAGGGCACCAGCUGUGUGCUGCGGUGGCUGCGUAACCUUGACGAUGAGCUGCAUGCCCUAAUUGCCGGCUUCCUGGCUGGCAUUUCCAUGUUCUUCUACAAGAGCACCACUAUAUCCAUGUACCUGGCAUCCAAGCUGGUGGAGACCAUGUACUUCAAAGGCAUCGAGGCGGGACGCUUUCCCUACUUUUCACAGGCUGACACCAUCAUCUAUGCCGUGUCCACCGCCAUCUGCUUCCAGGCCGUAAGAUUGUCUCUGACCACCACACGCCCGUCAGGGCUGUGUCUGUUAACUGAUCUAGCACAAUUUGGCCCUGAUAUUGAUUCCAAUGAGCACAAAGAGAAGAGCUGUCAUAUUGUCUGUUGUAGGAGGGAUAACCCCCCCCCCCCCCCCCCCACCACAGUAAAUGAAACAAAUGUAGAAGGAAAUUGUGUACACAUUGUUCCUUACAACAGCUAGCAGUAUGUGGCUUCCUUUUUUGUCGUCACUGAUUUCUGUUCCUCUUGAACUUACGCACCUGUGGUGGCUGUGUUUUUCCACUUAUUUAACAGGAUAGUGUCACUUCUCUGUAUCCGUGUUAAUCGAUCCCGCGGUUUCUUGAGUCUUUCAAAAUAAGACGUAUGAAGACAGAUACACAUUUACAUCACACCCUUUAUACCUGAUAUUUAUAUGUAUUUGAGAAAAGCU